UGCAGCUACAGAAGGGCUGAGCUAGGGUUUAUAGCUAUGGCGAUGCGUGCGAUCACCCCCCAGCUCUUCGUCUCUCCCAAUCAGCUCAGCGCGAGUGUGGAGCGAUCGACGAGGAUCGCGCUUCCGCGGCGCAAUCCGGUAGGCGCCCGCUGCGCGAUCUCAGAGAGCACCAUGGCCGCGGAGGAGGUGUUGAAUGCGCAGUAUGGAGGAUUCCAGCGGCCGGAUGCAUUUGGGAGGUUUGGAAAAUUUGGUGGGAAGUAUGUGCCGGAGACGCUCAUGACGGCGCUGGCGGAUUUGGAGGCCGCUUAUCGAUUGCUUGUUGUGAAGCCCGAAUUCCAGCAAGAACUGGCCGGCAUUCUCAAGGACUAUGUUGGUCGAGAAACACCUCUCUACUUUGCGGAGCGCUUGACUCAGUUCUACAAGAAUGCCAAUGGUACUGGACCAGAUAUCUAUCUCAAGCGAGAGGAUCUAAAUCACACUGGUGCUCACAAGAUCAACAAUGCCGUUGGCCAAGCCUUGCUCGCAAAACACAUCGGCAAGAAGCGAAUUAUUGCCGAGACUGGAGCCGGCCAGCACGGAGUCGCCACCGCCACUGUCUGUGCGCGAUUUGGAUUAGAAUGCGUCGUCUACAUGGGUGCGCAAGACAUGGAGAGGCAAGCUCUCAACGUUUUCCGUAUGCGACUCCUCGGUGCCGAGGUCCGGCCUGUUCACUCGGGCACUGCUACUUUAAAAGAUGCAACUUCGGAAGCUAUCCGGGACUGGGUGACGAAUGUCGAAACGACGCACUAUAUCCUGGGCUCUGUCGCUGGUCCUCAUCCAUAUCCAAUGCUGGUGAGAGACUUCCAUACCGUGAUCGGGAAGGAGACCCGGCGGCAAGCUCUGGAAAAAUGGAAUGGCAAGCCGGACGUGCUCGUAGCUUGCGUCGGAGGUGGCUCCAACGCCAUGGGCCUGUUCCACGAGUUUGUGAACGACAACGAUGUCCGGCUAGUGGGAGUGGAGGCUGCUGGCUUUGGCUUGGACAGUGGCAAGCACGCGGCAACACUGACCAAGGGAGAAGUAGGAGUUCUUCAUGGAGCUAUGAGCUACUUGCUACAGGAUGAAGAUGGCCAGAUCAUCGAGCCACAUUCUAUCAGCGCCGGGCUGGACUAUCCUGGUGUUGGGCCGGAGCAUAGCUUCUUGAAGGACAUGGGCCGCGCGGAAUAUCACAGUGUGACAGAUGCCGAGGCCUUGGAAGCUUUCCAAAGGUUAUCAAGGCUUGAAGGUAUAAUCCCUGCGCUGGAGACCUCGCACGCUCUAGCGUUUCUGGAGACUCUGUGCCCGACUCUGGAAGAUGGUUGCAAGGUAGUAGUGAGCUGCAGUGGUCGGGGUGACAAGGAUGUCCAGAGCGCCAUCAAAUACCUCAAGUUUGAAGCUUAGAGAGGGAAUUCAGAGGUCAAUAAACACUUUUUUUGGCACUUACCGAAAAAGCUAAGCACACUCUCGAAAUCACGAUCAUCGCUGGAGUAAAGUUGGCAUCGAGGACCACAUCGCCGCUCGGCAUCGUUUUCCAAUCCGAGCUAACAAAACUUGUUACUCAAAAACUGGAACAAUAAAAAAUUAAAAAAGAAAUAUAAAAAUAAAAUUGUCUGAACCCAGGUUUGAACUGGGGACC